AAAGGAGAGAGAAAGUAUUCUUUAGAGUUUGGUACCUUUCCCUCAAGUUUCUAGCUUUGCUGGUUUACCUAGCAGAGACGACGCCCGGUGCAGUCAGCGGCGGAGGAAGCUGAUAGUCAGCGGAGGAAGCUGAUGAUCGAUGGCUCUUUCUAGGCUUCGGCAUCCUGUCAUCUCACGGACACCUCUCAUUUUGAAAACACGUCUUCUCUCCUGCAGUGGCUACAGCUCCAGAUCCUUGUCUCGCGUUUGCAGUUUGCACCAAUCUCUUCUUAAUGAUGGUGGCAAAGUCUUAAGUGUCAGGCCAUCACCAUUCCCCUCUUAUGAUGGAUUACAUGACCAAUUUUCAAAGCUGAAGUUGGCUGGUUUCAGAUACUUCUCAUCUGCAGAUGCCCCUUCACAUGCAGUUAUUGGAAUGCCAGCUUUGUCCCCAACAAUGAAUCAAGGCAAUAUUGCAAAGUGGACAAAGAAAGAAGGAGACAAGAUAAAUGUUGGUGAUAUUAUAUGUCUAAUAGAGACGGACAAAGCUACUCUUGAGUUUGAAAGUCUUGAAGAGGGGUAUCUGGCAAAAAUAUUGGUACCUGAAGGUUCAAAAGAUGUGCCAGUGGGACAACCAAUUGCAAUCACGGUUGAAGAUGCAGAUGAUAUCCAAAACGUCCCAGCCACAGUCACCGGUGGAUUAGAAGUUGAAGAGAAGAAGUCAACCAACAAGAAUGAAGUGAGUAAAGGAGGAACAAGUCCUCAACCCACUGCAUCCGAUCUUCCUGAACAUAUGGUUUUGGGAAUGCCUGCUUUAUCCCCGACAAUGAACCAGGGAAAUAUUGCUAAAUGGAGGAAGAAUGAAGGCGAUAAGAUAGAAGUAGGUGAUAUCUUAUGUGAGAUAGAGACAGACAAAGCUACACUAGAAUUUGAAAGCCUUGAAGAAGGGUUUCUUGCUAAAAUAAUAGCACCAGAAGGUUCAAGGGAUAUUGCUGUUGGACAACCCAUCGCAAUAACUGUGGAGAACGAGCAUGAUAUUAAGGCCGUGAAAGAAUCAGCUGGUGUAGGAUCAACGAGCAAAGAGGAAACACCAACUUACAAUGAGACCAAAACUGAAAGUGCAGCAUCCAGCACAAAAUUUACGAGGAUCAGUCCUGCUGCAAAGAUUCUAAUUACAGAGCAUGGGUUGGAUUUGUCCUCAGUAGUGGCAACAGGCCCUCUUGGCACAUUGUUGAAAGGAGAUGUUUUAGCUGCAAUUAAAUCUGGGAAAGCCUCUCCUAAAGCUACGUCAACAGAGAAGAAACCUGAAUCACCAAAACCUUCCUCCAAUCCAUCUAGUUCAGAAUCUCUCGUGUCUGGGUCUCAUGAAGCCGACUUUGAAGAUUUUCCCAAUAGUCAAAUUCGCAAGGUAAUAGCUAAGAGGCUACUGGAAUCAAAAAUAUCUACACCACACUUAUACUUAUCUUCAGAUGUUAUACUGGAUCCUCUUCUAUCGUUUAGAAAGGAACUGAAAGAGAAGUAUGAUAUUAAAGUGUCUGUAAAUGACAUUCUCAUCAAAGCUGUUGCAGUUGCGCUGAGAAAUGUACCAGAGGCAAAUGCUUACUGGAAUGUUGAGAAAGAUGAAAUUGUUUUAUGUGAUUCCGUGGACAUAUCUAUUGCAGUUGCUACUGAGAAGGGUUUGAUGACUCCAAUUGUGAGGAAUGCAGAUCAGAAGUCAAUAUCAGCAAUAUCAUUAGAGGUCAAGGAACUAGCUGCUAGGGCAAGAGCAGGCAAACUUGCUCCCCAUGAAUUUCAAGGUGGCACCUUCAGUAUAUCCAACCUUGGCAUGUACCCAGUGGAUCAUUUUUGUGCAAUAAUAAAUCCUCCACAGGCAUGCAUUCUCGCUGCAGGGAGGGGAAACCAAGUUGUUGAACCAGUGCAGGGAAGUGAUGGAAUUGAGAGACCUGGAAUUGUCACAAAAAUGAAUUUGACGUUAUCUGCUGAUCAUCGUGUUUUUGAUGGUAAAGUUGGAGGUUCUUUCCUUUCAUCUCUAAGUUUAAACUUCAGUGAUAUUAAAAGACUUAUUCUGUGACAAUAAUGUGUGAAGAGCUUAAUAAUAAAAACCGAUACCAAGAUUUGGGUAUUUUUCUCCAAGAAGAAGAUCGUCUUCCAUUCGUGUGAUUGUUGGAGCAGCAAUUUUACUCUUUGCCAUUUCCUGGCGCCAUAUUCAUUGAUGAGAUGAGUCUGGGAGAUUGAGUCUAAUUGAGAAAAUUCUUUUUUGUUUUGUUAUUAAUUUGUUUGUAAUCAAUAUAUAUUUUUUUUUCUUUUCAUGGGUUUGAAUCCUGAAUAAUUUUUACAUUGCCUCAUUUCCUUCUAUAUGAGGUUCUAGCUAACAAUAAUAAUUCCCCCUCAGAAGAGUGCUUUGGGUAUUCAAUAAAUAAUUUUUCCCAUGAAAAGUGGGAUUCCUAUACACAGAAAUUGCAAAACAAAGGCUUCUGUUUUGACCUCAAUUUA